AUGAUGGCGAUGGUGGAGGAGGAGAUUUGUAUACAUAAGGUGGGGGAGGUGAGGGGGAAGAUGGUGGUGACGACUUGUAAAUGUAAGGAGGAGGAGAUGGUGAUGGUGGAGCAAAAGAUUUGUGUACAUAAGUUGGGGGAGGUGAAAGUGAAGGUGGUGAAGGUGAAGGUGAAGGUGAUGGCAAUGGAGGUGAUGUGUAAACAUAUGGAGGAGGUGGUGAAGGUGAAGGUGGCGGUGGGGAUUUGUAAAUGUAUGGAGGAGGAGAUGGUGAUUGUGGACGAGGAGAUUUGUAUACAAAAGGUUAAGGAGGAGAGGGUGAAGGUGGUGCUGGCGACUUGUAACUGUAAGUUGGAGGCGAUGAUCACUACAAACAAUGUGUUAUUUAGUGGCAUACAAAAAGUGCCACUAAAAACCCUAACACAUGCCACUAAAGGAUUCUUAUAG